AUGUCCAAAAAUUCAAGACAAAAUGGCCGCAGGAAGUCUGGCGAUCCUUCUCAGCGCAAGCUUCAUGAGGUCGUCGCCUCUCUCUUCACAACAUCAACCCCCACUUCUUCGCAGUCAGGUCCGUCUAAGGGAUUCCGACCCAGGGAAAGCCUACCUAGACCCACAGGCAAGGCUACUUCAAAGGCCACUGCUCCCAUGCGUGGUGGCCGUGAAGUCAUCGUUGUUUCCAAUUCCUCGGAUCGAGGUCACGUAGACAAGCCGAUCGUUAUCUCCUCAGAUUCCGCCUCUAUUUCAGCUGGCCCCGCCGCCAGUACUUCACGCUCACACAUUACCAUCUCCAGUGACUCCGUGUCAGAAUCGAAAACCAACUCGCAUAACGUGCACUCCGUACCUGCUCCUGUCAGAAUACUCAGACCGCGUUCCGUGUUUUUGUCAUCUUCGGAAGCUCCAGCACGACCUCAACGUCGUCAGCGGCUCACGAUGUCCAAGACAAAACCCCCGGUGAAGCGCAAACAUGAUGACUCCGAAGACGAGCCUGCUCAGGAGCCUGUUUAUGUUUCGCGGCAACCGCCUUCCUCGCGCAGCGCAGUCGCGUCUCCUCCCGCCCGACCCCUGGCACCCAAGGACAAUGUCCCCUCAUUCCGUGGCAGAGUCGAAUCCCACAGGAAGUCUUCACCUUUCAAGAAGGCGCGUCUAUCGUCUCCGGAACCCAUGCCAGAUGCACCGAGCUCGGGUAACGAUGCAGACGUCGAGGAGUUGAUACCGAGCAGUCAGUCGGACGAACAGGAGCUAUGUGUGCCAAAGGCUGCGGUGAAAAAUCCGCAGGAGGUGAAGGAGAGCGUUCACAAGUGGAGACAGGAAGCGGUGCCCGCCGAGCCCAUCUUAGAGCAGUUCCCGCCGGAGGAUCACUUCACUCACUUCACCGAACCAGAGAUGCAGACGGAUCCCGACGUCGCCAUGGCAGAUUCUGUACCUCUACCCACUGUUGAGCUAACUAAGGGCUCUGUCACUCCGCGCUCCGAGGCAGAAGUCAGCACGCUCUUGCAUCUGCGAAGUUCUCGGUCCACAUUGUCCUCAUCGCACUGGGAAGCACCAACAUCCGAUGCGGGUGUCUUACCUGCGACUUUGCCAGCAGCUGCAUCUGCCCCUCCCGCACCUAUUUCUGCAGAUUAUCUUUCUAUUUCACCUCCGCCUCUAGAUCUACCCCCACGGCCUCCCACUCCUGUGGCCCUGAGUAUGGAGACUAAAACAGCGCAGAUCGUAGCCGACAUCAGGGCCCAAGCGGAAGCGAGAGAUGAUGAAAGUUUUGAUCAGGAUGUACCUUUGGAGUUCAAAGACUUGGAGAGCAGCAGUGACGAAGAUGACGGCUUUCUCCAACUGAUGACGAACAUUAGGGGCAAAGGGAAAGCUAGUCGAAUGCCCAGCCUGUCCUCCUCACCUCUCUCAAACCUAGACAGCUCCCCCCAACCACAGCGUCAAUCAGCGCGAUACAACCUCCGUCGCAAAUUCCUUGGACCAAAACCUGCUGUGUCAAAGUCUCCAUUGACGCCGGCCGCCCAUUCUGUUCGCAAACCACGGAGAGCAGUCGAUCCAUUAGAGCAACUAUUGAAGGAAAAGCGACUAGCUGACAAACGCGGGAAUGGGUCGAAGGCCUUACUUGCUGCUGAAGCCGCGGCUUCGUCCCCGUCACAGUCAAAGCUGGAGAUGAGGCUGGAGAUGGAUGCAGAGGAAGAAUCGGAUGCUGACCCUGCCUGGGCGGAUGAGGACGCGGCGAUGCAGGUCGUGCAGCAGGGUGCACGAGGUCUCACCCUGAAGUCGUCAAGCCCUGUGCCUGCCGACGCCGCGGCCAAGGCAGAAGGUGAGACCGAGAGUGCAGACGAAGAUUUGGAGGAGGCGGAUUGCGAGAAGAUUCUAGGCGCGAAGGGCGGUAAAGCAGUAGGCAAGAUCCUGGCCAACGAUCGCAAGAACAACUAUACUAUCACGAAGGGUAAGAAGAAGCAGCGUGUGGUUGGUGUACCUCUCUGGGAAAGUCCCGAAGACUCGCCAGGUGGGAAGGCAGACGACGACAUGCAAGUGGAAAGCGCUCUUCCUUCCCUUCCUUCAGGUCUGGCUAGCAAUGGUCAUCCCAUCAUCUUCUUGUUGCGGCGUUUUGUCGAUAGUGGUGAUGCGCAACAGUUGACUGCUGCUAUAAACUCCGGCGUUUUGUCCCUUUUAGGGCGACAAGUCCUUUCGUACCUCCUGCCAUGGUUAUUCCAAAUUGCUGUAUCGAAUGCAUCUCUCGCUCGAUCUUCGCAUCUUGCGUUACUCCGUCUAUGCGCUUUAGACAGAGAGCCUGAUUUUUCUACCGGUUGUCCUUUCUCCUUAGUUGUUAGCGCCCUUUCAUACCUAGGCGCCAAGCCGGAUGCUCUGGAAGCUCAGGGAUGGAAUCUUUCAACAAACGUCCAGUCCUCUACGGUUGAUACCACGUUGAGGCCCGAACGCCUCGAUCGUCUAGUGUCUCUGAUUACAACAUUUGCUCAGCAAAGAGCAUUGUCCCCCAACGACGUCCCAGAUUUUAUUUUGUCUCUGCUGCUCAUUGGCUUAGAUGCAUCAGCGUCAGCUCAGUUGAAGAGAGAUAUUGCGGUUGCUAUUGAAUAUCUCGCCCAUGCCAUUGCGGCUGUUAGCGAAGCACCAUCUGCUAUUGAGAGAAACAUCUGCGCUAAAAUUGUGGAUUUCGCGAAGACAUUGACCCCAGUCAACAAAGCGCAUAUUUUCUCCCUCGUCAUCGGCGGUUCCCCUUAUACGAAUCGUAUAGCAAGAUGGGUCGCGUACUCCUUGUUGCUGGAUUCUGGUAUUCCACCGAUCGAGUCGUACUCACACCUCCCCGCCCUUGCUCCGCUUAUUGAGCUCCUUUCGCCACCAUCAGGGUCCGAAGGUUUAUUCGACAUCCAGGGCAGUUCGGAUAAUGAAGACUUCUAUGAGGACCUUGCCUGCCACGUUGAUAUACUGAGCAAAGUGCUGACGAGUGUCGACUUGUACGUCGCGGAGGAGAAACAGGUAGCACAGAAGGAGUCUGUGUCUAUGAAAUUUGAGGAUAGCCUCGACGACGCCAAGACGAAGGGAAACGGGAAGGAGAAGCAACCGUUGGAGCAAAUUAGGAUUCUGCUGGAGGGUCUUCACGGGAAAAUCGUGGACACUCGCGCAGCCCACCUGGAUCGCUCUCGCGCCAAAGCGGCCUUGCAGCAACUUGCCAUCCGCCUACAUUAUCAGCGUAUCGCCGGCCUUCGUUCCACUGCUAAGCAGCGAAACUUGGACGGCUACUUUACAUCAAAGUAG